CAGCGCAGGGCAGCGGGACUGACCUGGGGGACACCAGGGGCCGCCGCAGGGUGGGAGCUCCUGGGGCCCUGGAGCCUUCCAGAGGAAGAGGUUCUAGCUCCAUGGCAGGCAGGGGCCCUGAGUCCUGGGGCUCUCGGAAAGGUAGUGAAGCUGACCGUGGGGACCGGGGGUGCCCCUUGGGGUCAGGGGAGUCUCCAGGACAGACCUCUGAAUGCAAGGACUUCCAGGGGCCACCGAUAUCUGGUGGCGGGAGCAUCCCCGUGGGGCCCGGGGGUCCUGAAGCCAAAGCUGGGUCUUCACUGCAGGAGGCAGGUGAUGGAGGCCCACGGGGGUCUGGGGAUGGGGGAAGGGGCUACACAACCAGCCCUGCAGGCCCAGGGGGUCCCGGGGGCUGGGAAAGGGGCCCACAGGGGCUCAGGGGAAGGGAGGGCCCGGAGACGGCGGGGACCUUCGGCGAGGCAGAGGACGGCUCCAGCAGCCCCCAGGAUUCCCGAGCCUGGACAGCCGGGCAGAGGGGAACAGGAGAGGCGGGCAGAAGAGGGUCUGAGGGCCCAGGCCCUUGGGAUGACACACGGUCCAGCCCCAGCAAAUCCGGGGCCCACUGUGGGCCUGGAGUGCUGGGGUCUGGUGGGGGGCAAGGGGGUGAGGGGGGCACCCAGGUGGCUGGGCUGAUGGGUUCUGGUCGGGGAGUGGAGGCCAGAAGCCACAGGCUUAGAGGUCCUUCGGGCCCUGGUGGGACACUGGGAGACACGGAUGGGUUCAGAGGUGCAGGGGCCAUGGGGUCUGAGCCGGAUUUCUGGGAUGGGCCACGGAGCUCCAGGGAGAAAGGACCCGGAGGUGAGAUGGGCCGGGAUGGCGUGGGGCGAGGUGGCCUCGGGGCCUCUGCCACAGGGGCAGGACCAUGGGGCUCGGGGAGAAUAGGGCCUUGGGGUCAGACUGGGGAUUACGGGGGCUUCAGAGCCCCGGGGGCUCUGGGGGCUUCUGGAGAAGGAGGCCAUGAAGAUGGCUCUGGGGCUUCAGGGCCUCUGAGGGCAGCAGGCAAAGUGCGAGAUGCGGACGGAGCCAGGGGCCUUGGUGCCGGGGACUCUGGAGACGGAGCCAGCUCUGGGGGUGCUACCCGGGGGGCACGAGCUCCUCGCGCGGGGCCGGCCUCUGAGAGCCGGGGCACUGAUGAGUCUGGUGAGGCGCUGGGCCCUGGGCAGGGAUCACGAGCUGCAGGGCCUCUGCCCGCCGGAAGCACGUCAGCCAACGGAGGGGCGUCGCGGGGUCUCGAGCCUGGGGCCAUGGAGCCAAGGGGUGCGGCAGGCUUUAGAGGCGGUUCAGGAGGCCUUGGAGCGACGAGGUCAGGGGGUGAGGCUGGUUAUAGGGGCGACUCAGGGGGUUCUGGGGAGGCGGGGCACCCCUGA